AUGGGCAACUGCCACUGCCCUCGUGAUUCUGGAGACAGGGUGAAUCUGAAUCUGGAUCACACCUUUGGACCUGCGGAUGCAGUUGAACUACCCGUGUCGAUUGAAGGCGAAUAUGUGAGCUUUUUGACGGGCAGCCCUCACAGCCUCGUUGAUGCCUUCGAACUUAAGAAAUCUGGAGAGCACCACUUCACGCCCUGGCGAUCGAAAGAGAAGUACACACGAAGCGGGAACGUGUUGAAGGGACGUAUGAAUGGAAAUGUUCAAGCAGAUGGUACCAUUGUCUGGGGCCUCGGCUUCACCUCGUCCCGUGUGGGGCCCCUGUCCACUGACCCUUCAGCCGAUGCGCUUGAAGGCCGCUAUAGCACCAUCAAACCGGGAAGCACAGAUGAUAUUAUUGAUUCUUUUGAACUGAGGUCGGCUGGCAAAGACACCUUUGUAGUCUGGCGUGCAGGAGAUAAUUGGAAGCUCAAGGGAAACAUCUUGGUAGGCACCAAGUCGCAAAAAGGAGUUGUUGAUGCAGACGGUACCAUUACUUGGGAAAAUUUGGGCAUGGCGGUGACGUCUCGGCCAGUGUGCCAGUUGCCCACAACAGAAGGGGAGGCGACGGUAGACGCAUCCUCAGUUGCAGGCAGGUAUGCAACCUUCCACGGCACAGCAUCAUCAGAUGAUUCCGUUUCUUCUUUGGAGCUGCGGCAAUCCGAUAGGUCACUGAUCGCUUGGUAUGCGCAGCCACGGGAAACCUAUGAAAUCAAAGCCAAUACUGUGUCGCAGGUGGGGUCACGGACGGCUAGCAAACUCGAAGGCGAGUGGAUCACCUUCAAAACGGGCGACGAGCCAAGUAAGGUUAUCGAUCGCUUCGAAAUCAGGCAAAGCAGUGAGCCUACAUAUACGGUUUGGCGUGCCAAAGAGACCUACGAGAUUCUUGGUAGAGUGAUUACGUGUGUGGACGAAGAGCAGAGGACCAUCACUGCUUCCAUUGGAGCCAAUGGUGAUUUGAUGUGGAUGCAUGGUUUCAUUUCUCGACGGCUUUGA